UAAUAAAUUUAUCUUGAAGCUAUAUAAGAACUUUUAAAUAUUACUUUAUUUCAUAGUUUAUUCGUUCUCUAUAAAAGGAACACUGUUUUUUUUAGUUUCCCAGUUAUAAAUUAUAAAGUUAAAAGUAGUUGUUACAGAUGGCUUUAAAAGCUCCAAUUGUUAAAUUAAACAAUGGCUUAGAAAUGCCAAUGGUUGGACUGGGAACUUAUGCGCGAAAAGCAGAACCUGGUGAAUAUCAACAAGCGGUAGAAUGGGCUAUAGAUGCCGGAUACAAGCAUAUAGAUACAGCUAGUUGUUACAAAAAUGAAGAGGAGGUUGGCCAAGGGAUAUACAACAAAAUAAAGGAGGGAAUCGUCACGCGAGAUCAAUUGUUUGUGACCACUAAAUUAUGGAAUGAUUGCCAUGCAGAAAAUGAUGUAACUCCAUCACUAAAAGAAUCCCUGAGAAGGUUGAAAUUGGACUAUGUGGACUUGUAUCUUAUACAUUGGCCUGUGUCUAUUAAUGCUAAAGGUGAGGACCAGGAAAUAGACUAUGUUGAAACAUGGCGAGGAAUGGAAGAAGCUCUCAGCAUGGGCCUCACUAAAUCCAUUGGAGUGUCCAAUUUCAAUGAGGAACAGCUUCAGAGGAUAUUGAAUAGUGCUAAAGUCAAACCCGUCGUGAAUCAAGUAGAGAUAAAUCCGAAUUUAACACAACACAAGUUGGUUGAUUACUGCAAGAAGAAUUCCAUACAACCCGUGGCUUACACUCCACUAGGUCUCAUAUCAGAUGCUAGACCAGAAUUCGCGGGCAAAGAUAUGAUAAAAUCUGACCCUAAACUUGGCGCCUUAGCUGACAAGUAUGGCAAAACUAGGGCACAGAUCGCUUUGAGAUACUUGGUACAACGGGAAAUUGUGGUUCUACCAAAGUCAUUCACUAAAUCUCGAAUCAUAGACAAUUUGAAUAUUUUCGACUUUGAACUGAACAAACAAGAGAUGGCGUUGGUUGACAGUUUUAAUAUGGACCAUAGAUGUGUGCCCGGAGCUUCGUUUGCGAAAUACAAAAACUAUGCGUUUUAAAUAUGUGUUUUUAAAUAAAAUAGUUAAUAUUAAACAAAAAUACGUUAAUACUGAGUUGUGAAGGUUAAUUAAAAUAUUUUGGAUUAUAGGGAUAAUCAAGGUUACUUUUAUGUAAUUUUAAAAGGGUAUUAAAUUGCUAAUUGACUUAAUUUACCCACGAUAAAAAUAAUUUUUAAUCAUAAGUGACAAAAAGAUUUUAAAGCCAGAGCAACAUAACAUAUAAAUUUUAAAUAAUUAUCAACACAUAAAUCUUAAUUAAAAUGGUGCCUCAAUGUGAAGCAAUAUUUUUUCUCAUGUUACAUGUAUAAUUAUUAAUUUAUUGUACCCCUAACAUCGUUAUCAGUGAUAUGUUGUGAUAGUUUUAUAGAAAUAUACCAUGUGUAUUUUUUAUAUAUAGCUGUUUGAUUGUUUU